AUGAGUGCUACCUACCACGCCCCUCACCUUGUCUCCUACGACAGCCAUGUUCUUCCCUCAUACCCUUCCUCAGUUGCUCAGGCAAGAGGACCUAAGGCUGUCAUGGCCGAGGCUGCGAGAGCCCCUCAAUAUUCUCGGUAUCAACAACCCGCCAACACGUAUUCCCAACCCCCGCAACCGGUAACGAAUCCGGCCUCGGGCACUAGCCAAUACUCAACCACCUCUCGACACUCGACUCGCCCGUCAACACCGACUUCAGGUGCCAUUGGCAAGCCAGAUGACACUUCGUCACGUAAGGGCUCUUCGGCUCUCGUUCUGCACAGUCUGUCGAUACCGAGCUGCAUUAAUCCCAAGGGUGGUAACUUGGCCGACUUUGCCGCACAGAUUACGUGCCUCUUUUGGUUCGAGUCUAUGGACACCCUGCGAAUCGCUGAGAACAUCCGUUCUCGUCCAUCGACCGCCACCGUACCUCGCCUCACCGAGUAUGCGACCCCCUUCCCCCAGUUCAAGAAGUGGGCCUACAGCGUGCUCUCGACGACCCAAGUCACGCAAAACGUGAUUCUGUUGGCCCUGCUUUUCGUCUAUCGAUUGAAGACGACAAAUCCUUCCGUCAAAGGUCGGUCCGGUAGUGAGUAUCGUCUUUUGACGGUUGCCCUCAUGCUGGGCAAUAAGUUUUUGGAUGAUAACACCUACACGAACAAAACCUGGGCCGAAGUCUCCGGCAUUACCGUUCAAGAGAUCCAUGUGAUGGAGGUCGAGUUCCUCAGCAACAUGCGCUACAGCCUGCUGGCCACCAAAGAGGAGUGGGAGGAAUGGCUCGUAAAGCUAUCUUGCUUCUCGGAAUACUACGAGCGGGCGCAGAAGCAACCGACUUCACCUUUGAACAAGUCCUUCACCUCGCCGGUCCCAUCGCCCAUCGCCGCCGCACAGCCCGCAGUCUCUUUCCCGCCCCUCACGCCUUCUGCCGCAAACGUCUACUCACCGAGCACGAACGCGCAGAGCAACACGCAGGCUUGGCCCUCGACAUAUCAUCACAACCCUCAGGUGUCACCACUUUCUGGCAAGCACGUCCCGGGCAUGAAUAUGAAUGCUCGUAAGAGAAGCUCAGAGGAAGAUGUGGCAGAGCCCCCGGCGAAGCGACUUAGCAGGCAGCCCAAUGCGAUGCCCCCUGUCGGUAGACCUAUGGCGGUCAACGAGCAGCCGAUGCGUCUGCCCGUACCGAACCUGACGCUGAACACCAACCCCACACCAUCACAGGCACAAAUGUACCCGGCCCCGACGACCUACCCGGCGCAGCAACACGUCUCCUUGCCGCCCUUGAGCAACGGCGUUCGUGCCAUGGCAACAGUGUUCAACCCUGCCACGACAGUCUCGAUGCCGCAGCUGCCCAUGCCAGCCACGACCUCGAUACCGCAGGCCUCGCUUACGCCCUCGAAUGUACCGAUGCAUCCCAACAUGGGAUACGGCACUCCGACCAAGAGACACAGUCCAGGAAGUCUCUCUGUGUAUGCGUCUUCGCCUCUCGGGGAACAGUUCCCGACAUCUGUCAUGCACACCCCGAUCUCACAUACGCCCAUGUCACACUCGCCCAGCGUUUAUCUUCAACAGCGACCCAGCCCGUACAAGCCUAUUCGUCAUGUCAACACACUACUUUACCCUCCGCCGUCGGCUUCUCUCAACGAGUAUCAUCUGCCUACGACACAGAUGCACUACCAACCUCUCGGGCGGCGUAACGACCUACGAACCGGCGUAGUUCCUGAAUUCAUGCAUGCGCCCUACAGAAUGAGCGCUCACAUGCCGCAUAUGCCCCAUGGUCUGCCGCAGGGACCUUUCCCGAACUAG